ACACGCCACACACCGCCACCGCUCGGUACUCUGUCUCACUACAAUCUCUGCAAUACCAUCUUGAAAUCGAAAUCAGACAAAAUGAGUGAUUGGGACUCUGUUACCCGUAUUGGAAGCAAGAACCGUGGAGGUCCGGUUACCCGUGAGACGGUCGUGAAGGGCAAGAGUGCGCUGAACGCUGCUCAGCGCUCUGGCCUGAUCAUUGGAACCGAGAAGAAGUACGCUACUGGCAAUGCUGCUGCUCGUUCUGGUGCCGGAGAGGGCCAGCACUUGACGAAGGUUGACCGCAGCGAUGACAUUGUCAAGCCCAAGACCGUGGGAAUCAAGGUCGGUGAGGCGAUCAAGAAGCGCCGGAAUGAGGAGCCAUACAAGAUGACACAGAAGGAACUCGCCACCAAGUGCAACACGACACCGGGUGUCGUCGCGGACUUCGAACGGGGUACUGCCACUCCCGACCAGAAAGUCCUCGCUGCGAUGGAGCGUGUGCUCAACGUCAAGUUGAGAGGUAACGACAUCGGAGCGGAGAAGUUCCCCAAGAAGAAGUAAAGCAUUCUUCCAGCUGAGCCCGGGUACUUCCCUCUUGGGCGC